ACAUCUGUCAGUACAGCUGAUACAGCAAUCUUAAGCAGUUGUAAAUCAUCUGGUAAAUUUUUUAAAGUAAAAGAAACACAAUAACUAAGCAGAAAUUACUUGUAGCAUAGCUUUGAGAUGGAGUAUAAGCAGCCAUAUCUACUGUAGUGUGUAGCACGCUCACCGCGCUGCCUAAAUUUCCUCACGUGACCAUACCCGCUCAAGUGUCCCGGCAAACAAGGAUAGCUCACGCCUAUUUAUAGAAUGCGUGGGCGGUUUCCAAUCCCUGUGGGUGUAAUAUCUAUGGCUAUAGUACAGGGUGCUUGUCAAAUUUCACUAAAUUGAAGUAUCUCUUUCUGUCCCUCCCUCAGUUGAAGACUCUCACUAAACUGCUGACUAGUCAAGUUCCUCUAGAUGAAGCUCAUUCUCUCCUGGAGCCUCUUACUAGAAACAAAUCAACAGCAUCAGUCGUCAAACAGGUUUUACAGGAUUUCAAACUACUUGAAAGGCAGCUGGAAAAACUAAAAGUUCUAAAGAAAUUAAAGGUCUUUUUUUUCUCCAGGACUGGUUCUAAACAUGGCUUAUUUUGAUGGACUAAUAUUCUCAUUCUGUUCCCUUGAAGAUUCUAAGAAAAGCCGUAAAGGUUCUUCCCAGCUGGUGCUAGCGAGAGGAGGCCAGUACAAUAAACUAUUAGAGAGUCUCAGGGAGAAGAGACAAGUAAUGUCUGCUCCCUAUUCCUCUCCGUCCUCUCUCCCUCCUUUACCUUCUCUCUCUGGGGUAUCCAUUAAUGAGGAGGUCCUAGUGAAGGUUCUCUGUAAGACUUACGUGGAUACUGGACAGAGCCUCCUGUCUCAUUCCUUGAGUAAGUGUCAGGGGCUCAUCUGUUCAUUGAAUCCUGAUAUUCCUCUCCAUGACGAGUGUCUGAAGCUGGUCCAGGACCUGAGGGACCUCAAGGGUCUCUUAGUGGAUCACCUCUACCACCACCUGGAGCUGGAGGACCUACAGGACUUCUGCUGUAGGAGACACAUACCACACCUCAUUAUCAUAGACAACUCACUGCUAGUUAGGAACCAGUAUAAGUUGCGGUCACUGGAUACUGAUAAAGGGAGGGUGAUAUCAGAGAGGGUUGUCAGUAACAUACAGGAACUGAUUGAGUACAUUAUACCAAAGCACUCAAUUGAGAGAAAUGAUUCCACUGAAGGAGUCCCUCAAGUACCAUAUAGCGUCAAAUUUUCGUGGGUGAAAAUUUUCGUGAUUUCAUACAUUUUUGCUUUCAAGUAAAUUUUCGUUAAAAAAUUUUUGUAGUUUAAAUAAAAUUUCGUGAUGAUUAAAACCACUCCUAUCCAUGUGGCCGCUAGUAGCUAGCCUUCCAGCUGGACUUGGAGAAGAAGCAACAUGAGUGGUAGCAUUAUUCGAUAUUAAUUCCCUUCGUGUAUCCGUGGCUAUCACGUAUACCAAGAAAGGUGGACUCCCUUUAUAGGAGAGACUCUUAGCUGUGCAGCCUGUGCCCGAGAAACAAAUAAAAGGCGUGAUGGGACACGCCCACAUUUAUAUCAAAAUUAAAUUUCGUGAAAAAUAUUUUCGUGAUUGUCCAUUCAGUCACGAAAAUCACGAAAAUUUUCAACCACGAAAAUUUGACGCUAUACGGUAUCGGCCAGUAGAUCACCAGCUGCUGCCACCAGUACAGUGUUAGUUACUGAUUGAUUGUUUAGGAAGGACAGUUCCCUUGCCUUCAUGUGGUUCUUCUUCA